AUGGGAUCAAACCCUCCGCCGGUCCGUUCGAAACCGACAACUUCAAAGCCGCCCGCGACUUCGAAAUGGUGCAACCGCGCGUUACGACCUCUGACCUCGGCGAUCCUGCGUCUGGAGAAACACUGUAGGACGGCCUCUAUACAGCCAGACGAACUGGUGCCCAAAUCAGCCGACAAUCCUCUGAACGGGUCGAGGUCGAAAAAGGAUGGCGGCCGGACAAGCGGUGGGACGGGGGCGUCAGACUCCGAGUCUGCAAGAGACGAUCCGACCUGGAUACCGGGAAAUGCUGGUGCUGGACGCAAGCGAGUGAAACAUAAAUAUUCUAGCCAUAAGGAAAGCUCAAGGGGCAACCCAAAAAGCCGAUUGAGGCGGUCGAUUCGGAGCCCUGAGGCGGAAAAAUUGCAGCCUGGCGAGUUCACUGUUGCCACACCGUUGAUUUUGGGAAAGAAAAAAUGUGCUGUUGAGGAAAAUCGGCACUUUGGAACGACUUGCCAGGUAGUAGAGCCACGAUUGAACGAAGCAGCGCCUCCGAACCCCCUGAAGAAUAAAUCGAUCCGCAACGGUUAUCCAGCACAUAUACCUGUGGCUGAUAUAGACGUGUACGGCGACCCAUCAUACAUUUCAAUGGUGGGCGGAAUACUCAAUGCAUUUGAUACAUUUCUUAAAAUUACUUCGAUAGAACAAAACCCCCAUCAGGUUAAUCGCGCGCCUUCCCUACUCUCUAUGGCUUUAAACAAAACAUCGGAAUACAUUUUUCACGAGCAAGCCCGCCUAGACAAUGCGGAAGAUAAUAAGGAGGAUAUAGAUGUGGCGGAUAUUUUCUUCACGGAGUUGGAGGAUACCUAUGCCGCCUCAGACCAAGGGUGGAGGCCCCUGAGAGCACUUGUGCGUGCGCAUGGCAUCCGUUUGGUUUGCGAAACUAUCCGAAAGAGAUUGAUACAUCCGCGGCUCGGCCGGCAUAUUAUUUCGAAAAUACUCGAGAUACCUGCGAAGGAUGCGGCAAAUGCAGUUUUGGAAGCCUUACUGUCUGUUGUUCCGGCAUUACCACCUCCUAAAUCAUUGGAUAGCGCGCUUCUUGUCGAACAAUUACAUGUUUGGUCAUUGGGUAUCUACAUGAGAGACGCGCCCAGUUUGACGGUGUUUUCCCGCGAGAUUUCACAUCUCUUGCUUCGUGGCGUUGUUCCAGCGGAAUGGAUGGCGACAACUUCGAUGAAAUCGUAUCUGGUGGACGCUAUUCAGUCAACUGUAUCCAACGAUGAGCAUUCUGCAGCUUCUGUUAAGUUUCUUAUGGCUGUGCUGCAGGCGUCUUUAGCACCGACGAGGCCUACUGAGAAUUCGCCGGCAAAUCUAGACCCGCGAACAGCGCCCAGUUUUGCGCCUACAUCCCAAUUAAAUCGAGAAGGGUUACGUUCGACGGAAAAUACAAGCGACCAGAUGCGUGCCAACAAUAAACUUAUAGCUGAUGCGUUGAACAAUACUAUUUGCAGUAUACUUACGGUUUUGUGUAGUGCACACGUUGCUCGUUUUCGAAGCACACCGUCCACCGACUCGCCUAUGUGGCACAUCGUCACCUAUCUGUCCACUGUCGCGCAAAGAUGCACAGCGAACGGGAAGCUGGACAAGAGAAAGGAUAGCUUGGGCGCCCAACAAAUUCGAAUAGGAUAUAUUCUAAUCGCACAAUACUUACUUGAACACAUUGAUCCCCCAGGAAGUGCUUCGAAAGAUAGAUGGGAAGCCGCGCCAGGGCUUCUAAACGGUAUUGAACACUUAAUCCGGCUCAGCCCCAAUCGAAACGAGCUUCUAACGGGAUUCUCGUCUUUUUUUCUCCAAGUGGCUCGUUGUCUGAGCCGGGGAGAAGGAGAGGAUGGGUUUACAACUAUCAAAUCAUUAACCACGCUUUUUGAAUCGUCAAGGCUUCGAGCAUAUCCGGCCUUUCGCGCUUCUCUGGCCAAGAUAGCGGUGGAUUUAGCGCUCAAUUUUGCCGAAACUACUUGUUUACGCUGUCAUCACGAAUGGGCUAGCGACCUUCAGGAAAGGGUGGCUGAUCUUGAUCUUGAUGAUAAGGGGCUGGAACCCCUCACUCCUUCGUUGUGCUUUACGACCACCGCAUUUCGGUGGGAAGACGGGAUUGGAGAGUGGGUUGCCAGGACCCCUUGCGUGAAUCGCAAUACUUUCAAUCGGGGAAAUAGUCUCAAGGGCCCUCACCAGCCGCGGAACCUAUCAAAUGAGAAAGUUGUCAAAUCUUCUACCACGAGUGACGACAGUGAUAGUGAGUAUGAUAGUAUGAGUGACUCCGGCUCUACUGCUGGUAGGUCGGAAUCCAGCGUGAUAUCGUCGAGUUGUUCGCCUCCAUUACUCUCACGAAAAAGGAAAUUUGGCUCGAAUAGCUGCGGGUUUACGGCCGACGACCAUAUUGAUGUGAUAUCCGGCACAACGCCUACUAUGAAGCGGUGGCGGAACAAGAACCGUAGUCGAUGGGACGUUUAUGUUGAUCUCACAGAUGGAAAAGUCCGUGGCCCGGUGACGAGAAAUCAAUGUGCGCUACAGGAAAGCAAGAAAACGAAUAACAAAGCUCGAGCCAUUGCUGUUUCUGUUGCGGUGCCGCCGGUCAAUCCACUAAAGCGUGUUGAUUUCGAAGUCGUCAUCCACGUCAACAAAAGCGCCUUAACUCCAACUCCAAUAGCAUUUAGCGAUAUCGAAGAAGAAAAUGACGUGAAGGAAGCAGAAGAAGAAACAGAAAAAGGGGAGGAGGAGGAUGAUGAUGUUAUCAGCGCAAGUGGUCCAACACUCUCUCAACGUUUCCGAGACGACAAACGCCGCCUUUCACAUCUAGUACCUGUACCACAGCCUAAAGCCUAUGCGCGUCGCCGUUCUUCUGCAAGACUAGCUGUAAAGAAUCAGCAGAGGAAGGUUAUACCUUGCUCCGACUGCGAGGAUUCUAGCGAUGACGAAUUGAGCUUUCUUUGA